AGACACAUAGCAGUGUGUCCCCAGAAUUCGUUGUGAAAGGAGUGUGAUCCCAAUUGGCCACCAUAGAGUUAACAACUGGCUUUGGACAUCAGUGUCUUUCUGUCUGUCGUCACGUUCAGACAAUAUUAGACAAUAUCAAGUCCUGAAAACUCUUUAGUGUCAUACUCUCCAGAUCAACCAAUUGUUGUCUUUCAUCAUGGCUCUCUUAAUAAAAGUUUUCCUCAUUUGCAUAUCCGUGUACGCUGUGUUGAGUCAGAAUACAGGCCGACAUUCACUAGUUCAAGAGGUGGAAGCUCUAUACAAAAAUAAUCGUUUGAUGGAAAGAUUUUUAAAAUGUGUUGUAGGAGAAGCACCCUGUGAUCCACAAGGAAAACGUUUAAAAGCUUUGGCUCCACAAAUUCUACGAGACCAAUGUAUCCAAUGUACUCCCCAAGAGAAGAUGAAUAUCAAAAAAAUACUGUCUUACAUUCAAAGAUACUAUCCAGCAUAUUGGGCUAAAAUUAUCAGAAUUCAUGCCUCACAUUGAUAACAUACAUUUGCAUUUUAUUUAUACUUAAUUGUGUAAUAACGAUACGACUUACUGCCACAUUAUUUACCAUUUAUUGACAUACAGAACUGUUUAAAUAAACUCGACUAAUCAAUUUCCAUAUUACCAAAUCAGACCAAUAAUUAACAUUAGUAACAUGAAAUUUGAGGAUACAUUGUUUAUUUAUCAUGAUUGUUUAAAUCAUCAAUAUAAUUAUUAUUUAAUCAUAUUACUGUAAAUAUCAUAAUUCAAACUUUGGCUCAGUACAUUUGUAGUUGAUUACUAUUUAUUUGAUAAGAAUAGAAUGAAUAAUUACUUUCUUUUGACAGUUUGAUAACUUGGAUAGAAAAAUAUUUCUUAGUAUGUAUUUGACAGUUUAAAAAAAUGUAUUAUAAAUAAAGUAUUAUUAUACUUUAUGGUGUGCUAUGAUGUAUUAGUAAUACAGUAAAAGAAUGGAAAUAAAAGAGAGUGAGUUAAUUAAUACUCAAUCAAACUUCAGUGGAAUUAAAUGAAAUAAAAUUAUACUUUUAGCAUUGUUGAACAUCUAGGCAAUCAAUUUCAAUUAUCACUAC